AUAAAGAAACAUAGUCACUUGACAUGACUGAAGGCAGAAGGACAUACAGAUACACUUUUUCAAUCCUAUUUCUACAUAAUACAAGUCUCCACACUGAACAUUUGGAAAUACUCAUGGAAUUUGAGAUCUAGGAGAAGAAACCAAGAUCCUCAUGAGCAGUUGAUAAUCUCGUGACUAUGAGUCUGCUAAACUGUGAAAACAGCUGUGCCUCCAGCCAGUCCGAAAGUGACUGCUGCGCUGCCAUGGCCAGCUCCUGUGGUGCUGCCGCAAAAGAUGACAGCGUGAGCGCCACUGCCGGCACAGGGAACCUCUCCAGCUCUUUUCUGGAAGACGUCCAGGGGUACGACGUGGAGUUCGACCCCCCCCUGGAAAGCAAGUAUGAAUGCCCCAUCUGCUUGAUGGCAUUACGGGAGGCAGUGCAGACACCCUGCGGCCAUAGGUUCUGCAAGGCCUGCAUCAUCAAAUCAAUAAGGGAUGCAGGUCACAAAUGUCCAGUUGAUAAUGAAAUACUGCUGGAAACUCAACUGUUUCCUGACAAUUUUGCAAAACGAGAGAUUCUUUCUCUGACGGUGAAGUGUCCUAAUGAAGGUUGUUUGCACAAGAUGGAACUGAGGCAUCUUGAGGAUCAUCAAGCACAUUGUGAAUUUGCUCUUGUGAAUUGUCCCCAGUGCCAACGUCCAUUCCAAAAGUGCCAACUUAAUAUUCACAUUCUCAAGGAGUGUCCAAGGAGACAGGUUUCCUGUUUAAACUGUGCUAUGUCAAUGGCGUUUGAAGAUAAAGAGAUCCAUGACCAGAACUGUCCUUUGGCAAAUGUCAUCUGUGAAUACUGCAAUACCAUGCUCAUCAGAGAACAGAUGCCUAAUCAUUUUGAUUUAGACUGUCCUACCGCCCCGAUUCCAUGCACAUUCAGUUCUUUUGGUUGCCAUGAAAAGAUGCAGAGGAAUCACUUGGCACGCCACCUACAAGAGAAUACCCAGUCACACAUGAGAAUGCUGGCCCAGGCUGUUCAGAGUUUAAACCUUGCUGUAGCACCCAUGCCUCAACGUGAUAUCCUACCGUAUGACUCUGCCCCUCUGUCCCGGGUCUCCUCUGGGUGUCACUCCGAGGUCCAGAAUUUCCAAGAAACCAUUCAGCAGUUAGAAGGUCGCCUUGUAAGGCAAGACCAUCAAAUCCGGGAGCUGACUGCGAAAAUGGAAACUCAGAGCAUGUAUGUGAGUGAGCUCAAGCGAACUAUUCGAACCCUUGAGGACAAAGUUGCUGACAUGGAAGGACAGCAGUGCAAUGGGAUUUACAUCUGGAAGAUUAGUAACUUCGGGAUGUACUUGAAAUCUCAAGAAGAGGAGAAACCCGUUGUCAUUCACAGCCCUGGAUUCUACACAGGCAGACCCGGCUACAAACUGUGCAUGCGCCUGCACCUUCAGCUGCCCUCCGCUCAGCGCUGCGCGAACUACAUCUCCCUCUUCGUGCACACGAUGCAGGGAGAGCAUGACAGCCACCUCCCUUGGCCCUUCCAGGGCACGAUACGCCUCACAAUUCUCGAUCAGUCCGAAGCACCUGUAAGGCAGAACCAUGAGGAGAUCAUGGAUGCCAAACCAGAGCUGCUUGCCUUCCAGAGACCCACAAUCCCGCGGAACCCGAAGGGCUUUGGCUAUGUGACUUUCAUGCAUCUGGAAGCCCUAAGACAAAGAACCUUCAUUAAGGAUGAUACCUUGCUAGUACGCUGUGAGGUCACUACUCGCUUCGACAUGGGCAGUCUUCGGAGGGAGGGUUUCCAGCCGCGGAGUACUGAUGCGGGGGUGUAGCUCCCCGCGAGGGUUUUUUCUUUUUUUUAAAGGCGUCUGGAGAAAACGGUGCCUUUCCUUGCGCUGUUCUCACAAUACUACAUAAACAAAACAACGCCGCGGGAAAGAUGGGAGCCCCACCGGUGAGUGUGGUGAGAGGGGCCACCUGCCACUUGUGCCUGUUACAGGUCCCUAAAGCAGUUUUUCCUGGGUCUCCAUGCUUUUCAGGACUGUUCCGACGGAAGUUCCUGUGGCACGUCGCAGCAGCUGCUUGUCAGCUAAUAUACCUCUUCGCUGUACUCCGUGGCCUUUCUCCAGAAUGCCCUACUGCCGGAAGCCCAGGGUUGGGGUAGUGACGCUCAAACCUUUUAAUAAUAAUGGACGCUCCAUAAAACUUCAGCUUAUUUUUAUAGUAUUAUAUGUAAUAUAUUAAACUUGAGAAUCACUACAGCGUUGUGCUGGUGCAAGCGAGGAGUUACUGGUAUAAAGUUGAGUUCUCAUUGUGUUUGACCUCCAAUAGAUAUCAGAGGAUUUGAACUGUAAUCCUUGGAAAGCUUAAGUUCUCAUUCACCCCAUUUCUCCCUGGGGUGUUCCUAAGGACAUUCGGGGAUAUUUAAACCCUGAAUAUUACCUUACCUGUUUAGUGUGAACAUGUUGUCUGUUGAAUAAGUCUUGUUAGUUCAAGUGUUUUCUUCUACCUUCCCUACAUAUUUCUUUGAGACCACAAAGAAAGUAGCGUCUUCAGAGUUUAGAAUGUCAUAGUCGUGUGGAUACCAACUGCUCGGUGUUGUGCUGUGAAUCCCUGUGUCUGCUCAGAGCAGAGUGGGGUCCACAGCCCUGCCUGUGUCUUGUGACACUGAGUGCUUGUUGGACAAGGACAGGCACAGAACUACCAGCAUAAAAGGUAGAGACGGCUCGACUGCUCGGCUAAGUGGCUUCUCAGUGAUGGGGACGGAAGCUGUUUGAGCCUGACAUUCCCAGCUUUCCCAAACACCCUCUGGUUUGGAACAGAACUGACUUUCUUAAAGCAAACUCUCUUAAUAUGUGGGAGAUCAUUGGUGCUACCCAAGAGGUCACCAAUCUAAGGUUAGCAGUCAUGGCAUUAUAGCAGGACUCAGCUUGAGCAGUUACGUCCAGCAGUUGGUCCCUGGGGUGGAUGGUGAGAGGUUGUGCCUGUGCCAUUAGAGGCCCUGCAGUGCAUGGUGCAGCACACAGUGUUAUGUAGACACAAUAAGACACUUUAAUAAAGGAAUCUAAGAGGACCUGUACGCUGUGCUGUUUACACAAGCUUGUUUGAAGUUGUGUGGACUUGAGAGAUGGUACUGUAUCCCCCGAGAAGCCAAAUCAGAGCCCCCUGACCAGUGUUGAAGAAGAAGCUAGCAACCAUCUGGUUUCACUCAUGUGGGAUAUAAAGCUGAAACUCAUUGACAAAACAGUAUGGUGGUUACCAGAGGGAAGGGUGUGGGGAGUAGUAGAGGGUGAAGGAGCCAAAUACUUGGUGACGGAAGAUGAUUUGACUUUGAGUGGUG